UACAGUCUUCCAUCACUGUAGCUCCGAAUAACAUGAGUGGACACCGUGAUGAUGCCUCAUACUAGACGAUACUCCUCUUCGGACAGAGACAGUCGGAGCAGUUACCAAGAUCGUUACAGGGACAGGGACAGAGGGCGAAGACACAGGCACAGAAGAUCACCUACUUACACCUCCAGCAGUGACAGAGACAGGGACAGAAGAGGACGGGGGCAUAGGCAGGAAGGAAGCUAUGUACGCUCAAGGAGUCGUAGUUAUGACAAUCGCUCAACGGAACACCGGCCAUUUGACCGAAGAUAUGAAGGAUACAGACGACUGGAUCAGAGCCGAGAUCGAGACCGCGACAGAGAAAGGGAGCCACAUGGAGCAGCUGAAAGUUAUUAUCCACGCGACUUUUCUCCAAACGUGUAUGACUACCGCCGUGGUCGUGAGAGGGAACGUGAGCGGGAUGAAUCGUAUGGGCGAAAAGGCAGCAGGCGUAAGCACAAACGAAGGCGGCGUAGAACCAGGUCCUAUAGCCCAUCCUCCUCGCGGAGCGACAGCCGGACGCGGGCACUGAGUGUGAGGGACGACGAGGAAGGGCACCUGAUCUGUCGGAGUGGGGACGUCCUGCAAGAGAGAUAUGAGAUUGUCAGCACUUUGGGGGAAGGAACCUUUGGGAGGGUGAUGCAGUGCAUUGACCAUCGCAGGGGAGGAAGCCAUGUUGCUCUGAAAAUUAUAAAGAAUGUGGAGAAGUACAAGGAAGCAGCACGCUUGGAAAUCAAUGUACUAGAGAAGAUCAAUGAGAAGGACCCUGAUAACAAAUUCCUCUGCGUGCAGAUGUAUGAUUGGUUCGACUACCAUGGUCACAUGUGUAUCUCCUUUGAGCUACUAGCUCUCAGCACCUUUGACUUUCUAAAGGAAAACAACUACCUGCCCUAUUCAAUUGGCCAUGUCAGGCACAUGGCCUACCAGAUCUGUCUUGCUGUGAAUUCUCCCCAUGACAAUAAGCUGACACAUACAGACCUAAAGCCUGAGAACAUCCUGUUUGUCAACUCAGAGUUCACAAUGUCAUACAAUGUAGAGAAGAAGCGAGAGGAGCGGACUGUUAAGAGUACCGCAGUACGUGUGGUAGACUUUGGCAGCGCCACUUUUGACCACGAGCACCACAGCACCAUUGUGUCCACACGGCAUUACCGUGCCCCCGAGGUCAUAUUAGAGCUUGGAUGGAGCCAUCCCUGUGAUGUGUGGAGCAUUGGUUGUAUCCUCUUUGAGUAUUACCUGGGCUUCACCUUGUUCCAGACUCAUGACAACAGGGAGCAUUUGGCCAUGAUGGAGAGAAUAUUGGGACCAGUGCCCUCUAGGAUGAUUCGUAAGACAAGGAAGCAGAAAUACUUUUAUCAUGGCCGACUGGACUGGGAUGAGAGCUCCUCAGCAGGGAAAUAUGUCAGAGAAAACUGCAAACCCCUACGGCGGUACUUGUUGUCGGAAGCGGAGGAGCACCACCAGUUAUUUGACCUCAUUGAAGGCAUGUUGGAAUAUGAGCCGUCAAAGAGGCUAGCACUGGCCGACUCCCUCAAACACCCUUUUUUUGAGAAUGGCGGGAUUGGUGAAGCAGCAGGCAACAAGAACUGGGAGGGCAACCGAGACAUAAGUCGGUGACCCAUGAGCCAGCAAAGACUGAGUUACAAGUUUGUUUUUUUUUAUAUGUGGAGCAGGUGAACUGUUGAAUUAAUUGUGGCUUCGGAUGUUUUCCGUCGUUUGUCAUUAAAGCAUGGACUCUGUCACUUCUUGCCCCUCCACACUGCCCCUCUGAUAACAUCCUCUGCAACCAUGAGAGCCAUGUUUUUUGUAGCAGAGAGACUAAAAUAGCUCACAAGAGAGUCAAAAUCAAUCUUUUCUAGUGUUCACACUGAGAAUAUUGGACAAAAUUUUGAAUGGAACAUUAUUUGUACCCACCGUAGCUCUCUAUGCAGCUCCUGUCUUCCUUUUGACUUCUGAACCACCUUCCUCCCUCUCUAAGGAAUAUAAUACACCUCCCUAAGGACAUAAGCACUACUGUAGUCUGUUGACAAAAACUCAGUUUUGGAGAACUGUCUUCCAUUUCUAAAGUAAGGAAAGGGUAAAAAGGAAAGAGAGCUGUAUAUGCUGUGCAAGUGCUCACCCACAUAAUUCUAAACAUGGAGACAUGCAUGAUAUUCUGUAUGCUAACAUCAAAUCAAUACAUUGAAUUUAUUUCCUCCUCAAAAGUGGCAAAAAUCUCCACAAGAGAAAUCUCUCAUUUGGUUACAUUUUUGUUAAAUGGGCACUUGCAUUGCAUAUAACUUUUUUACGUUUCUUUUUUAUGUAUAAAAUUAUCCCCUAUAUGGAGACUCUUGCCCCCAAUCUCCAGUCAUUAGCCUCAUUAUCUUUACCAAGGAGAUGAUAAUGGUGAUGGACACUCCACACACAGGCCUCUAUCUUAUUGAUAGAUAUCUGUUUAUGUUGUGCACUGCUUUCUGUGUGUGUAUGUGUAGAGGUGUGGAUGGAGUGGGUGACUUGUUCAUGUUUUGCUCAGUGAGUUCUUAGCUCAGCGUUAGUCAUGGAAACAUUCUCACAUAUGUUAAAACAAACAAACAAACUGCCUUUUUCAUGUGUGAUAUGGUUUGGACUUGAAGUCUCUCCAUCCAUAUUAAGCACACAGCUCCUGGUAGUAGUCAGUGAGUCAUGCACCUCUUGUUGUUGGUAUUUAUUUAGGGUUCCGGUAGGUCAUAGACUCCACCCUCAACCUGUACAUGACUUGUUUUUUUUGUAUGAAACUAAAGCGUUUAAAAGUGUAUAUAUGUAUGAUUGUGUAGAAUUAAAGUUAAGUCCUCCUUGCCAAAGGCUUAUGGUGCUUUUAGUAUCAGCUUGGGCCUCUGGUAGCUAAAGGGAGGCGUUCUGUCUUUAAA